AUGAGACGGUUAGGUGUUCGUCUCCUCCGCCACUUCUACCGUCCUCCGCUCACUGGUCAUAGGCUUCUCCAUCAGGGGGGAUUCUUAACAGGUUACCUCCCGGGUCACAGCAGCAUUAUUCCGGGUUCCGGCUGCCACAUCCACAGGAGUGUGAGCAGCACUGCUGUCAGCCAGCACAUCCAGGCCCUGAGUGGGCCCGAACAGAGACUGUUGGAUAAACUGUAUGAUGGACUAAUCUCUGGACAGAGGGCCUCCCUGGCGGAGUCCAUCACGCUGGUGGAGACCCAGCAUCCCAGGAAGAAGGAGCUGGCUCAGGUGUUGCUGCAGAAAGUGCUGGUCUUCAGGAGGGAGCAGGAGAGCAGAAAUGGAGGAAAACCAGUGGCCUUUAGAGUAGGUUUAUCUGGCCCUCCUGGAGCUGGGAAGUCGUCAUUCAUUGAGGUGGUGGGAAAAAUGUUAACUGGACUGGGACAUAAAGUGGCGGUGCUGGCUGUUGACCCGUCCUCCUGCACUUCAGGAGGGUCUUUGCUAGGGGAUAAAACUCGUAUGACUGAGCUUUCUAGAGACAUGGACGCUUUCAUCAGGCCGUCGCCGGCUUCAGGGACGCUCGGCGGCGUCACCCGGACAACCAACGAGGCCAUCGUUCUUUGUGAGGGAGCAGGAUAUGACAUCGUUCUAGUGGAGACUGUUGGUGUUGGCCAGUCUGAGUUUGCAGUGGCAGACAUGGUUGACAUGUUUGUGCUUCUGAUCCCACCAGCAGGUGGCGAUGAACUCCAGGGCAUCAAGAGGGGCAUUAUUGAGAGAGCCGACUUGGUGGUGGUGACAAAGUCAGAUGGAGAUCUGGUGGUGCCAGCCAGACGGAUCCAGACCGAAUACACCAGCGCCCUGAAACUGCUGAGGAGACAAACCAAAUCCUGGAACGCCAAGGUGGUCCGAGCCUCCGCCCACACCUUUGAGGGCAUCCCAGAAGUCUGGGCCAAGAUGGAGGCAUACAGGGCAGCCAUGUUGAGCAGUGGCGAGCUGCAGGGCCGGCGGCGGGCCCAGCAGAAGGUCUGGAUGUGGAGUCUGAUCCAGGAGAACGUCCUCUGGCAUUUCCAGAACCACCCGGCCGUCAGAGGGACUCUGCCCCACCUGGAGCAGAAGGUCACCAGGGGAGAAAUUUCUCCAGGACUGGCUGCUGACCUGCUUCUCAAAUCUUUCUCAGAGUCAUCGUAACAUGACGACCAACAGAACGUUUGAGUUGAACAAAUCCCUCGUGGCCAUCGUCGCUGCGCCCCCUGUGGUCAAGGAAGGCAGCACGGAGUGAACUGCUGUGACUCUUUGAUUUGCACAAAAAGUGUUUUUAACUUUUCUGAGACACAACCAAAUUCUGAUUCAUUUUUACUCUUAAGUAUGAUGGCAUAUGAAUGCCACCCUAAGAAAAAUAAAUUAAUACAAUUACGAGAAUUAAGUUGUGCGAAAACAGUCAUAACUUUGAAAGAUUAAAGUCAUAGUACUUUGAGAAUACUCGUAUGAGAAUAAAGACGUACAACUAGAAUUAAAUUGGAAUAUUUUCAGAAUAAAUUCGAAAUAAUACGAGAAUAAAGUUGUAGUGUUACGAGAAUAGUCAUAUUACAACUUUAAUAUGUCAUUCUUGAAAUAUUACUUUUUGAAACAUUACAACUUUAUUCUCAUAUAAUACAACUUUAAGCUUGUGUUAUUUUGACUUUUUUCCCUUACGACUUUAUUCUUGUGAUUUUAUAACUUUAUUGUAAUUUUAUUUUAUUUUUUCUUAGUGUGGCCCUAAUACUUUGUCAUACGUAAGAGGUGGUGGGCAAGGUGUAUCGUUACAUCUCCAUGGCAAUAAGAGUAAGAAGUGACUAAAUAAUGAAUCUGAUAAAGUUUUAAAGUCAACGCUGGUCCAGUUUUCUCUACAACAUUAAAGAUUCUCAGUCUUCAGGAAAAAGGUCCAGAUUUUGAGGCUUUUCUGCUCCCACCCCUUUUCUAUUCACUUUCAUAAAUUGGGUUCUUUACAGCUUUAAAUUGAGCACAAAGAAAACAAUAAGCUAAACAAAAAGAGGCUUCACAUAUAAAUAAUUAUGACCCUGUUGGAGCUGCUAUGGACAUUGUUUUAUUGUGAAAAUCUUUUACAGAUGUUUUAACCUGAUUGAAAUGGUUACAUAAAAGACAAAUGUGAAUCUUAAAUCAAUUAUUUAAGUGUUUGUAAUAGAAAUUGAUGAAGCUUUUCAUCCGUUAUUGGAAAGAAGGGGAGUGGUCAAAGUUACUUGCAAGCAUUUUACUCUUGGGAUUUGGCUUUUCCUCUGCCUGGGGCCAAAAAUACCGGGGUGAGGUUCUCUGUAAAAGACUACGGCAGACUGAUCCUGCCAAAAUUGACAAUAAAUAUCGAAAUAAAUGAAUGGAUUCAUAAAGUAACUCAUGUAGGAAAUAUUAGAUCUGAAACAUAAACAAAAAUAACUAACUUAUUUGAUUAUACAAUGACAAGUUAUUUCAUUUUCAACAGUAUUAUUUUAACGUUGCUAUCUGUUUUCUUAGUUUUUUCUGACCGUUUUGUUUAUUUACGUAGAUUUUGUAUUUACAUUUUCUUUUAUUUGCAGUCGCAUCUCAUUUCACUUAAGAGAAGUAAAUUUAGUUGCACUUACUGUAGAUUGAAGUCUUGUAUCAUUAGAUAACUUUUUUGGAGAAAAAGAUGGACCCAGAAAUAUAGUGAUGGGGUUCUGCACUACAGCUCUAGACUUAAUUUUGAGUUUAACCUGAAUAAACAGGGCAAUGUAAACUGUAUAAAAAUGGGAAAUGUGUGUUUUAGACUGAAUGAUUCGAUUAGCUUUUUAACACGUCUUUUCUUGGUUUAGUUCAAAGAAUAAAGAAGAGAAGUCAUAUUAAACACAGACAUAAGUGUAUUUAUACAACAAUAAAGUAUUUAUCAGAGAACUCUGCACCAGUAUAGUAUACUUAAAUACACCAAAAGCUUCACAAACCUGGUCAAACGGGUAAAAACAACACAACUUUAAUUUGUUCAGUCAGUCCAAUGUAAAAUAAAUUGAAACUGAGAAAAACAAUAAACUGACAAACGUUCUUUCAAAUAGUUCAGAAAGUAUAAAUUAGGAAUUCUGAAUAUAAUGUAAAAUAAAUAAUAAAGGAUGAGUACAGAAUUUAUCGAAUAGAUCUGCUGAUCCAGAAUUUUUUUCAAUAUCAGGACUGAUGCAGAUAUUGAUAAUAUCUAGUUUAGGCUCUUUUUUUUCUUCUGAAUUAGACAUGAAGCUGUGCGCGAAUACUCAAUUUAUCAACACCUGAUUCUGUAUGUAAAAUCCUUGAAAUUUUCCCCCCACUAGAGGUCUCCCAAACAUCACCCAGCACUGGGCUCAUUACCCUAAUGACGGGACACACACCUCCCAAACCGCCCUCCCCUUCCCAACGCCUCUUGUCCUCCAUCCAUUCUUCACUGAGGUUGCACAGGGUGCCAGGUCACUCGGGGGUGAAGACAUCAACAGCUGCCACUCUCCUGGAGGACAGACUGUACUGUAGUCCCUGCUCCCCUCCUCCUCCAAGAAAAAAAAAAAAAGAGUGAUUCCUUGAACAGUACAAAGUAAAAGCAGGCAGCUUUUAGCCUGUCUUUGUGUAUUUUAGGGGGAAA